CGCAAUACCAGUUCUCACUCCCAUUGGUUUAUCACAAGAGUCAACCCGAGCCCCGCGGUUCCACUUCCCACGCACCUCUCCAGAACUUUCCCGGAUCUUGAAGAUGGGGGUCAUGGCGCCACAGACCCUCCCCCUCCUGCUCUUGGGGGUUGUAGGUGUGGCCGAGACGUGGGCCGGCGCACGCUCCCACUCCCUGCGGUAUUUCGACACCCUGGUGUCCCGGCCCGGCCGCGGAGAGCCGCACUUCACCCUCGUGGGCUACGUGGACGACACGCCGUUCGUGCGCUUCGACAGCGACGCCGCGAGCCCCACGAUGGAGCCGCGGGCGCCGUGGAUGCAGCUGGAGCCGCGCGAGUACCGGGAGCAGCAGACGCGGAACGUCCGGAGGCACGCGCAGACCUUCCGGAUCCAACUGCAGACCCUGCUGGGCUACUACAACCAGAGCCGGGACGGCCCUCACACCUACCAGAGGAUCUGCGGCUGCGACGUGGGGCCCGACGGACGCUUCCUUCGCGGGCACCGAGCCGACGCCUACGACGGCGAGGAUUUCAUCUCUUUGAACGAGGACCUGAACACCUGGACCGCGGCAGACACCGUGGCUCAGAUCACUCGGCGCAAAUGGGAGGCAACAGGUGAAACCGAACAAGAGAGAGCCUACCUGGAGAAGGAGUGCGUGAAGAGGCUCCUGAGAUACCUGGAGAACGGGAAGGAGGCGCUAAAGCGCGCAGAUCCCCCCAAAACACAUGUGACCCGCCACCCUAUCUCUGACCAUGAGGUCACCCUGAGGUGCUGGGCCCUGGGCUUCUACCCUGCGGAGAUCACCCUGAUGUGGCAGCGGGAUGGAGAAGACCAGACCCAGGAAAUGGAGCUUGUGGAGACAAGGCCUUCUGGAGAUGGAACCUUCCAGAAGUGGGCAGCUAUCAGGGUGCCUUCUGGAGAGGAGCAGAGAUACACCUGCCAAGUGCAGCAUGAGGGGCUGCCUGAGCCCCUCGCCCUGACAUGGGAGCCUACUUCUCAGUACAUCAUCCUCAGCAUGGGAACCACCAUUUUCCUGAUUCCCUUCGGAGUUGUGGUGGCUGUUGUGUUGUAUAGGAGGAAGAAGGCAGGUACUGACAGUGCCCAGAGCUCAAAUGAGUCUCUUACAGCAAGAAGGUAACUCAUCAAGUCUCCACUUCCUUUGUCCACAGCCUGACUUGAGAAGGUAGCUGGAGCCUGACUAUCUAUCAUGAAGAUCACAAGAACUCAGCCCGGAGCUACAGGAACUAAAAGCCUCAUGAACUUUCCUGCCAGACUGGCUUCAAACCUGGAUCCUCAGAUUUCAGCCUCCUGAGUAGCUAGGAUUACAGGUGGAAGCUACCAACUCCUGGCAGAACAUCUCCCCCGCCCCUCCCCCUGAAAUGUGACAAAUACUAGGGACCUAAUAAGUUUUGUUGAUUGUGCUGUUACU